AAGCAAAACGCAAAGCAGCGGUAUUGAUUGGGACUUGCGAGAAGGUUAGGAGCGUAGCUUGAACAAAAAGAAAUUCGAUUGAGCUCUCCAAAAUACUUUGAGCAAAAAAUCUAGUGCAAACUCCAAUCUCUACUCUCUAGUCUCCAAUGGCGCCCGAACCUGAAGACAUCAAGGACGAGAAGAACCCUAGACCCCUCGACGAGGACGACAUCGCCCUCCUCAAGACCUAUGGGUUAGGGCCUUAUUCAACACAUAUUAAGAAAGCCGAGAAGGAAGUAAAGGAUUUGGCUAAGAAGGUCAAUGAUUUGUGUGGUAUUAAGGAGUCUGAUACUGGCUUAGCUGCACCCAGCCAGUGGGAUCUUGUUUCUGACAAGCAAAUGAUGCAGGAGGAGCAGCCUCUUCAGGUUGCAAGAUGUACGAAGAUAAUCAAUCCCAAUUCUGAGGAUGCUAAAUACGUCAUAAAUGUCAAGCAAAUUGCAAAGUUUGUUGUUGGGCUGGGUGACAAGGUUUCCCCAACUGAUAUAGAAGAAGGCAUGCGUGUGGGGGUUGACAGGAACAAGUAUCAAAUUCAGAUUCCUUUGCCUCCAAAGAUCGAUCCAAGUGUGACCAUGAUGACAGUGGAAGAGAAGCCAGAUGUAACAUAUAAUGAUGUUGGUGGAUGCAAGGAGCAGAUUGAAAAGAUGCGAGAAGUUGUGGAGCUGCCAAUGCUUCACCCGGAGAAGUUUGUGAAGCUCGGAAUUGAUCCUCCAAAGGGUGUCCUCUGUUAUGGUCCUCCAGGAACCGGUAAAACACUUCUAGCUAGGGCUGUUGCUAAUAGAACUGAUGCUUGCUUCAUUCGUGUUAUUGGGAGUGAGCUUGUUCAGAAAUAUGUCGGUGAGGGUGCUAGGAUGGUUCGUGAGCUCUUUCAGAUGGCACGCUCAAAAAAGGCUUGUAUUGUGUUUUUCGAUGAAGUUGAUGCCAUAGGAGGAGCUCGCUUUGAUGAUGGUGUGGGUGGAGACAAUGAGGUUCAGCGUACGAUGCUUGAAAUUGUGAAUCAACUUGAUGGGUUUGAUGCUCGUGGAAACAUCAAAGUUUUAAUGGCAACAAACAGGCCCGACACACUAGACCCAGCACUGUUACGUCCAGGACGAUUGGAUCGUAAGGUUGAGUUUGGCCUCCCCGAUUUGGAGAGUAGAACUCAGAUAUUUAAGAUCCAUACACGAACAAUGAACUGUGAAAGAGAUAUUAGGUUCGAACUACUGGCUCGACUCUGCCCAAAUUCAACUGGGGCUGAUAUAAGAAGCGUUUGCACUGAAGCUGGAAUGUACGCCAUCCGUGCACGAAGGAAGACAGUAACAGAGAAGGAUUUCCUUGAUGCUGUGAACAAAGUGAUUAAGGGGUACCAGAAGUUCAGUGCAACACCGAAGUAUAUGGUUUACAACUGAGCCUAGAUGUUCUAUUCUGUUUCCAGAGGCCACCAACAACUUCAGUGCAACACCGAAGUAUAUGGUUUACAACUGAGCCUAGAUGUUCUAUUCUGUUUCCAGAGGCCACCAACAACUUCAUAUCUGUUGUUUGAAUUGUAUUCUUGUGUUUAAACUUAGUUGUUCAGUUUAUAAAUCACUCUAUGAUGGUGGUUCUGAACCUGCUCCAACGAAAAACCGAUCCGAUUGCUUUAUACACUCGUUUUUUCUUGCCACUCCAAUUUCUAGACAAUUUCAUCUUUUGCACUUA